UAAUACAGAAGUGUCCGCUGUGCCCUCAUGCCAGUGUGUUUUCUUGUUUUCUUGCAACAGUGGAUAAAAACAUAAGAUGCAAUCCCCUUUCCCUCCAGCGUUGGGGAGUUGCACUGAUCUUCAGAAGAGGCUGCAGUUCUAAUGUGUUUUUUUUAAUUAGUUUAUUUAUUCAUUUUAAAUCCAUAAGCAAUAAAAUCCAUGUUGAUAUAAGGGAAAACUUCUGGAUGAAUUGCUUGCUGAAACAUACGUAGAACCAAAACAGUACUUGAAAAAAUCUGAAAUGCGUGCUUGAGCUUAAGAAGAAAGUUGGAAAGGAUCUGCAUCCCAGUGUUCUCUUGGGCUUGUCUUGUUUCACAGGGCAGAUCCUUCAAACUUCAUAGAAUUUUUAUUUUUAUAGUACAUAAAAGCUUCAGGCAACUCUCAAAGUAAUGUAACUGCUGCAUUCCUUAAAUCUGACUGAGGUGAAAAUUGCCCAGUCAGUUGGGCUCAGACAGUACAUUGAACUGCCAACUAAAGCUUUGCUCUUUAAUCUGAUUUUCAAUCUUAUUCUGGGUUUCAAGAUCUGCCUUAUUUUUGAGAACAGGAGUUUGAAAUCACGCCUUUUAAGACAUGCCUUUAGGGCUUAUUUCUCUCCUCUCUCACUCUUCCCUGUCUGCCUAGCAUUUAUUAGAAGUUCCAGCUUUAAAUUUUCUCUCUCGUCAGGCUAGGUCAUCUUCUAAAGCUUUGUCAAAGUUUUCUGCUUGUACUGACUGCAGUUUAAGGAACUGCAGUAAGUCUUUCAUUUGGACGUACUUUUCUGCUGCCUGUUGGUUUUCAUGCACAGGUAGAAGGGGCCGGUAUGGUUUUCAAACUUGAAAGCUGUGUUUAUUUCAAUGAAAAGGUAUGAUUUUAGUAAAAAGGAAUGUGGAACAGAUGCAUCAAGGGAUCUGAGUGGUAGAUGUGAGUUAAUAGGUUUCUCUGAGUUAGGGAGGUGAUAUGCAGGCUCCUCUCACCUUUGCAAAUCACUGUACUCUUUUGCAAAACAACAAGAAUGAAGGCUUGAAUGCUGCCUUUUUUUGGAGCUGGCAUAUGAGACCACAUAAAGCAGUGAAAUGUUGACUGAGGAAGAGGCGAAGGCAUUCAGAGUUGUUUGUAGACUAGAGGAGCUGAUGCAGAGCAUCUCUGCUUGGUUUGAGGCCCUGCUUGGCCUUUUUGUCAGCUGUUUUCUGGAGUGACUGCACUGCUGGGCAUGGCUUCCACUUAGUCAAGCUCUCCUCUUGUGCUCUGGCUCCUGGCUAUGUGGCUCUCCGCCCUUCUAACACUGGUUAAUGGUUAGUUGCUUGUGCCUUAACCAGAGAGCUGUCUCUCUGAGAUGCUGCUGAGGUAAAGCAGCUUCAGGACAUCUCUGCCCCCUGAGUAUACCUUAGCAGAGCUUGUUCUCCCACUCCUUUAUUUAAAAUACACUGGGCAGGACUGGUGGAGGUUUGGAUCUAGAAAUUCAGUUUGUUAUCAUGGAGAACUAUGGUUAAUGAAGUUAAUGGGUUCAGAAAUACCCUGGAAACUGGUGUGUCUUUGAUAGGAAUAGAGUUUAGAACUUUCCCUUUUAUUCUUGCUUGCCAAGCACAGCAGAAGAUUGCAUGUCACUAAAAUUCAGCAGUUUUCCGUUCUGUGGUUGCUGCUUGUUACAUCCAUCUCUUAUCCUCUUGAGGUGUGCUUUGCUAAAUCUAAAAGGGCAGAGACAGAGAUAGGAUUUCUGUGUGAAGGAAAAUAGAAACAAGAAAUGUUAUCUUGGGGAAACUCUUCACAACUUUUAGUUUAUCUAAUCCACCAUAAAAGCAAGGAAAAAGAUAGUUUUCUUUUGUUGAAGAAGGAAUUUUCUAAACUGAAACUUUUAGUUCACCUUCUCAAGGCAUUUACCUGAAGGUCAAUAGGUGCUGCCACUUCAUAGUGUUAAUGAUUUUUCUAUUUUGUAGUUUAAGAAAUGGGAAUGGAGGUAACAACUGAUGCUUAGAUGUCCCUUUGGCAAGAGCCAAAAAUUCUUGUCCAAAAAAAAUGGAUGAUGAAGACUGCGAGAGGAGAAGAAUGGAGUGUUUAGAUGAAAUGUCUAAUCUUGAAAAGCAAUUUACAGAUCUCAAAGAUCAACUUUACAAAGAAAGAUUAAGCCAAGUGGAUGCAAAACUGCAAGAGGUCAUAGCUGGAAAAGCACCUGAAUAUUUAGAACCAUUGGCAGCAUUACAAGAAAAUAUGCAAAUCAGAACCAAGGUGGCAGGUAUCUAUAGAGAGCUUUGUCUGGAAUCUGUGAAGAACAAGUAUGAAUGUGAAAUUCAAGCCUCUCGACAGCACUGUGAGAGUGAAAAGCUUCUGUUGUAUGAUACUGUACAAAGUGAACUAGAAGAGAAGAUUAGAAGACUUGAAGAAGACAGACAUAGCAUUGACAUUACAUCAGAAUUAUGGAAUGAUGAGCUACAGUCAAGGAAAAAAAGGAAGGAUCCAUUUAGUCCAGAUAAAAAAAAGCCUGUUGUUGUAUCAGGCCCCUAUAUAGUUUAUAUGUUACAAGACCUUGAUAUACUUGAAGACUGGACGACCAUAAGGAAGGCAAUGGCUACUUUGGGGCCACACAGAGUAAAGCCAGAACCACCUGUCAAAUUAGAGAAACACCUACAUAGUGCUAGGUCUGAAGAAGGAAGACUGUAUUAUGAUGGAGAGUGGUAUGGACGCGGACAGACGAUAUACAUUGAUAAGAAAGAUGAAUGUCCUACAAGUGCCAUAAUUACAACAAUUAACCAUGAUGAAGUUUGGUUCAAAAGACCAGAUGGAAGCAAGUCCAAGCUAUAUAUUUCUCAGCUACAGAAAGGAAAAUAUUCAAUAAAGCAUAACCACAACUGACUAUUGCUAAGCCAUGCUUGAUGUGCCAUGGGAUGAAAGUUGUAUUUAAUAGCAUUUUGUAUUCCUUAUAAAUUUACAGCAGUAUCUGAUGUGUAUUUGUAGUGCUGUAUGUAAACUUCAUACAGAUGGCUUUCAGAAACCUGAGGAUGUUAAAUCAUGCUGACAGACAUUUUACCUCUCAAUUGGGUACAGUGCCUAGAUAUGAAGUAUGCUCUUCAAAUGUAGUGGCUCAGAAUUUCUCAUUGAAAGUUAAUCUUUUAAAAUGGAAAAAAUAAAAAUAAAAAAAUUAUUUUUCAUUGGUGACCAGUUUGUUUGAUAAAAACGAUACCCACGAUUACCAGCAACUCAUUUUGUUUUUCAGUGAACGUCAUGCUUCUCUUGUGGAUAUAAACUUAGCUUGUUUAGCUAUUGCUUUUAAAUAGAUUGUAACAUGCAUAAAGCAUUCUUUUAUCCGAAGUGGAUUGAUUUAUUAAAAUUGUUGCCCUCGACAGCUCUGCUAGUUCUGACUGUGUUAUAUUUUGUGAGGUUUUCUACAUUGUUUGUAAUGAGACAAAGCUAAUAUUUUGAGUUAAUUUUUUUCAGGAGCACUUUUCUAACUUAGGAUUAUACAGACAUUAAACAUAUUAUUGGUAAUUUUUUUCUUCUUCCCCAGAUUAUCAUCAAGACUAAUGUGUAAAGUAAAUAGUGUUCCUUCAACACGUGUUACAUGCAGCCCACAGAAGGGUGGCUGCUGGGAUGAUUAUGUAAAUACUGUUGCAUGCUUUGAUUGUUUGAUCCAUAGUUGUAUGGAAUGUGGUGAGUUUUUUUCAAAAGGGAAAUAUUUCCCCAGAAAUCGUGUAACUGGGCAAAUUUUCACUGUCUUCUUCACCAAACAUCGUUUUCCAAAUUUCUGUAACCCAUUUCAUCUUUCAUCACCAUUGUAUACCAUUAUUUUAUGCAGCUUAGAAAGCUGAAUUUCUCUUGUAUCUUACUGUUUAAGCCACCAAGAAAAAUCCUUAAUCCUUAAUGUUACUGUGAUGUGCUUGAAGCAUCUAGACUGUUAGAUGGGAUUGUUGAAGAAUUUUUAACGUGUUGGUUAUGUGCACUUUAAUCUCCACUUAUGAUGACUCUGUGGAGCAAGAAAGCAUCCAUUUGGUUUAAAGGAUCACAGCAAAUAAGUAUUUUUAUUGUAACAUAUACACUGUUUAUUCCUGUAUUAAUUGUCUCUUUUGGUGCAGGUAACUACUUUCCAAAUGCCAGAUCAGUUUCUUCUGAGUGAUGCUUUUCUACAAGCGUAUGACAUGAAUAAUGUAUAUAAAGUAGCAGUUGACAUUGGCUUUUAACAAGAUGAACUGUAUGUAUACAGUUGUUUGAUAAACUUUUUGUAAUAAAAUAUUCGUAUUUUUUAACUUAGUAUAUAAAUAAAUGAUUGGUGUUAGUGGACAUCCUGAACGUUGUGCUUAUUUGUUUUCUAGUCUUGGUGUUGCUGAUGUAACAACUCUGUAAGCAAAGUAUAUUUAAGUUUGCAAAAAGCAUAAAUCAUUUCAAAGCUC